CAUAAUUAAUUAAUAAUUGAUUAUUGUACGUUUCAAUUUAUAUAUGAGAUGCCAACCUGGGUUGAGCAUCAUGGGAAGCACUCGCCAUAAAACAGCCAACUCAGAAGCUUCCACAUGCACUCUGCCCUCUCUGUAAAUAAUAACAUAUGCAAAAGGCCAAGAGCUUAACCUUUCCCUCUCAAAACCGGCCCCUUCGACUUCCAAUUCACUACUAAUUAAUCCACCAGUCACCCCAAAGUUAUGUUAACAUUUUACAAAGCCUGCCGUGACCCCCCUACAUAAUAAUAUAUAACUUUAAAAUAUAAAAUAAACAAUACAUUAAUUUACAGAAUUUUUUUUGAAAAAAAAAAAAACAAAUUUGCCUUGUUACAAAGGUUGGAACAACAUAUGGUCUAAGCUUUCCCUAUAAACAAUAGCUCUCUCCCUAGUUCUUUCUUGUUCUUCCAUUCUUGCUGCAGGCCUUGUUCUCCCUUUGUUUGAUUUUUGACGCACCAAGCAAGAGAGAGAGAUGGGAGGGUGUGCAACAAAGCCGAAGGUGUUGAAGGCCGAGGGCGCAAGCGAAGCGCCAGAGCCGGCACCAGAGGCGGCAGCCAAGGAAGAAGUAGUGGCGGCGGUACCAGUUGAUGAUCAGGCAAAGGAGAAGGAUGUGGUAAUAGUUGCUGCUGCUGAUGAUGAAGAUGAGAAGAAGAAGAAGAAGAUAGAGUUGGCUCCUGAGGAAGAGGGUGGCGGUGAUGAUAAAGUCAAGGAGAUCGUUGAUGAUGAUGAACAAGGAAGUAAACACCGCUCUCUCAGUCUUUUGUUCAAGCAGAAUGAAGAAGGAAAGGAGGAGGCAACAGAAACAGAGAAGCAGCCAGAACCAUCGGAGACUGAAAAGCCUCCGGAGGAACAGAAGGCUGAGCCUGCAGAGAUAGCCAUUGAAGAUGCACCAGAACCAGAGACCAAAACGAAACAACCAUCUGAAGAAAAAGUUACAGAAGAAGUGAAGGAAGUUGCUGAAGCAGCAACGGAGGAAGUGAAAGGAACCGUCACAGAAAAUAGUACAGAAGAAGGAAAAGAUGUUGAAGUGAAGGGAGGCGCUGCUGAAGAGCAUGUCAAAGUAUGAUGAAGAGAGGGUCGGCCGUUUGACUGUUUAAAAGGACUUUGUUUUAAUGCUGUUUCGUUAAUUAAUUAAUUUUCUCUAUCUCUGUUUUUGUUUCUUCAUUUGAAUUGCCAUAUUUUUCAACUUUCUCUAUGUGGGGGAUAUACGUCGGACAUUUUAGAUUGAAUAUACGAGUAUAGAUUGUUCCUUUUAGUGCAGAAGGAAGAAAUGUUUUGCCAAAAAAUGUUCUGUUUGUUAGAAAAUAAA